AUGACCGUUUCACCAUAUCAAUCACUCAUCAAGCCAGAUACUGAUACCAACAGAGAGGUUCCAACCAAACCAUUCAACUUGUCCAAAAACAUAACAGAGAGAUUUUCUUUAAAGGGUAAAGUCACAGUCAUCACCGGUGGAGCUGGUGCUAUUGGUUCUGCCAUUGCUGAGGGUUACGCUCAAGCCGGUGGCGAUGUUGUAAUUUUGGACCAUGCUCAUAGCGAUAAUGGAUUGAGUAAGAGAUUGACCGCUGUUUAUGGUGUUAGAUCAGAAUUUUACCAAAUUGACGUCACUAGCGCUGAACAAGUUAAGGAAGUUGUUGCCAAGAUUGAAGAAAAAUUUGGAACAAUUGAUGUGUUUGUUGCCAAUGCUGGUAUUGCUUGGUACACUGGGUCCAUUCUUAAUGAAGAUUCCACCCCUGAAAACUGGAGAAAAGUAUUUGAUGUCAACGUUAAUGGUGUCUUUUACUGCGCCAAAUAUGCCGGACAAAUUUUCAAAAAGAAGGGUUCGGGAUCUUUUAUCAUUACUGCCUCAAUGUCAGCCCACAUUAACAACGUUCCAAAUUACCAAACUGCAUACAAUUCAGCAAAAGCUGCCGUUAUGCAUAUGGCCAAGGGUUUGGCGGUUGAGUUUGCUGGAUUUGCUAGAGUCAAUUCAGUGAGUCCUGGGUACACAAACACAUUGUUGUCAGCACCAAUACCGACUGAACAAAGAGCUAAAUGGUGGGGCCUUACACCAAUGGGAAGAGAAGCCGAAACUGACGAAUUGGUUGGUGCUUAUUUGUACUUGGCUAGUGAUGCAUCAAGUUUCACUAACGGUUCUGAUAUCAGAGUUGAUGGUGGUUAUUGCUGUGUAUAA